AUGGCCGACCGAGACAUGAGCGACGUCGCCGCAGAGGCCGCCGCCGACUUCUUCAACCAAGUCUUCGGCGUGUUUAUCGAAGGCGGCCGCCGCUUCGGCCGCAACUUCUAUAACUCCUUCAUUGAUGUUAGCGUCCAACGCUGGGCUAAGGUCAUUGCCUCUGUGGUCUUCUACAUCCUCAUCCGUCCCUACAUCGAGAAACUCUUCAAAGCCAUCCACGACCGUGAUCGCCGCAAGGAAAAGGAGAAGAAGGAAGCUGAGAGAGCCGCACGUGGCAAGAAGGCUAAGAUGUCUGCCAAUGCCCUGCGCGGUGGUGCUUCGGGUGAUGGAAAGGUUCUCGGCGAGGUUGAGAACACUGAUGAUGAGCUGGAGGAUGGUGAUGAGAACCUUGCUCAGGCUAGCGGUGUUCCUGAGUGGAACGGCAUGGCUCGUAAGCGCCAGAAGAAGUACCUGAAGAACUUGCAGAAGCAGAAUGGCAAGCAUGCUGAUGAUCUGACUGAGGAGCAGAUUAUGGAGUUGCUUGACUGGAGUGAUGAGGAGGGCCCUAAGGAUAAGGAUGCGUGA